ACCCUUCUCUGUGUCUCAAAACCUUAUCUGUAACUGGCAGCUGCCCAUCCAACACCUGCUAUCACCAAAACCACCACCGAUGGACUAAACCUCCUGGGAACUCAUGAGCCUGAGAGAGGAAAAGGACACGGCAGAAGGGGACCAGGGACGACUGAGAGUGUGAAGGCUUCUUGCUGCCCAGGGUAGAGACCAUCAACAUUUAAUCUGCUGCUCUUGAAAGUAACAGGUGUCCGAGAUGAAUCCCACAAGCCAGUUCAUCGGAACAACAGAGUACGACUAUGGAUACGAUGAAAACACUGCUCCGUGCAAUGAAGGAAACAGCUUUCGCAGGUUUAAAUCCCUCCUCCUGCCCAUCCUCUACUGCCUUGUGUUUGUCUUCUGCCUUCUGGGAAACUCCUUGGUCCUUUGGGUUCUCCUGACCAGGAAGAAACUGAUGACGAUGACUGAUGUCUGCCUGCUGAACCUCGCGGCCUCUGAUCUCCUCUUCGUUGUGCCUCUCCCUUUCCAAGCCCACUAUGCUUCAGAGCAGUGGGUUUUUGGCAACGCUAUGUGCAAGAUAAUGGCUGGCGUUUAUUACACAGGUUUUUACAGCAGUAUUUUCUUUAUAACCCUCAUGAGCAUAGACAGGUACAUAGCAAUUGUCCAUGCCGUCUAUGCCAUGAAGAUUCGGACGGCCUCUUGUGGCAUAAUUAUCAGUUUAGUCCUGUGGCUGGUGGCUGGCUUGGCUUCUGUGCCCAACAUCGUGUUCAACCAGCAGCUGGAAAUUGAGCAGUCUAUGCAGUGUGUCCCCACGUACCCACCUGGCAGCAAUACCUGGAAGGUUGCAUCUCAGUUUGCAGCCAAUAUCUUGGGCCUCUUGAUUCCCCUCGGCAUCCUCAUUUGCUGCUACGCCCAGAUUCUGAAAAACCUGCAAAAAUGCAAAAAUCGGAACAAGAUCAAGGCGAUCAAGAUGAUUUUCAUCAUCGUCAUUGUUUUCUUUGUCUUCUGGGCCCCCUUCAACAUCGUGCUGUUCCUGGACUCCCUGCAGACCCUGCACAUCAUCAACGACUGCCAGGCCAGCAACAGGAUCGCCCUGGCCCUGCAGCUGACGGAAACCAUUUCCUUCAUCCACUGUUGCCUCAACCCCGUGAUCUAUGCCUUUGCUGGGGUGAUGUUCAAGGCCCACCUGAAAGGACUGCUUCAGUCCUGUGUCCGUGUCCUCUGGAGCCCCACUAGGGGUGCUGGGGCCACUCAGUCAUCUUCAGUGCCCAGCCAGCUCUCUGCCUGCUCUGACAGUGCAGGGGUCCUCUGAGCCCUCCCGAGAUACCUUUCCCCAGAGUAAAUGGCUGCCCCAAGCACCGGCACAGCCCCGGAGGCUGCACCAUGCGUGCAGUGUCCCCGCAGGAUGACCCUUGUGCCUGUGCUGCCUUUUGGGAUGUGCUGCCCAAUACGGCACAAUAAACAACAACGUGAAUUUUCAAAGAGCACCAGUGUGUUUGUAAAAUGGUUAUCCUACACACUUGCCACGUGGUGAUUUUUAAUUAGAUCACUUUUAAUAUGUUUCAGCAAACAGUAUGCUUCCUCUACUACUUGCUUUCUCCCUUGUUGAAAGCAUUGCUCCUGCCUCAUCCCCAGCUGUGCUCUGCCUUGCAGAAGCUGCUCCCUGCAUGAAGCCCUGAGUCCCUGGGACAGGGGUGGGGCUCCCUCUGGGAAGGAGACAGGU